UUGGGCAAUAAAUACGCAUGUUUUUUCCCUCCAUACUGAUAUCUUGCGGAUACGGUAUCCAGCUAACCAGAUGGCUCAGUCUGCACACAAAUGCAGGGUCUCCAAUGGAAGAAACCGAGAAAAGUCAAAGGGGGAUGGUGACGAUAUACUCCGUGAUGGGCUGCCCACACUGUAGACAGGCCAAAUCUCGCCUUCUGGAACUGGGGCUGCCGUUGCGCGAAGUGGACACGAACCAGCACGCCGAGCUGUGGCUUCGAGUGAAGCAGCUCACGGGACGUAGCACCGUGCCUCAGAUAUUCUUCAACAGCGUCCACGUGGGGGGAAACGAUGACCUCCAAACAAUGGCUCCAGAGAAGUUGGAGCACCUGGUGCACCUGGUGAGAGAGGAGCCAAUGCCCCCAGAUGCCCCCCCUCUGCCUGUAGAGGCCCAUCUAGAGGGAGGAGGGAACCAAGAUGGAGAAAAUAAGUGUGAGAGGGAUGAUUUUGCGGACAUGGUGGCAGAGUUCAAGGAGUGCGGGGUGAUUGGCAACCACAGGAAGGGGCUGAAAGUGUACAAAAACAGCUUCACUGGAGUGCAGCUGCUGGAUUGGCUGGAAAGAGAGAAGGGACUGGACAGGAGUGAGGCUCUUGAGACGAGCAAAACUUUGAUGGACAGGAAGUUCUUUAACUCUGUCCCGAGGAAAAGGGAGUUUGAAGAGGGUAACGCACUCUUCAGAUUGGUGGAGCAUGGCCCGCAUUCAGCACUCAACGCAGGACAGAUGGCCGCAUGUGUCCCCCUGCAGGCUGCCGAGCUGUCGGAGAUUCUGAGAAACAUGAUGCUGAGGCUGUACUCCGAUCACCUCUCGGCGGACGGCAAGACGGUGGAUUACAAGGCCAUGUCGCAGAGCCCGUCCUUCGAGCGGUACUGCGAGCUAGCCGUGCAGCUGCAGCGCUUGGACCUGCAGGCACUGAGCCGGGCCGAAAAGCUCGCCUUCUUCAUCAACAUCUACAACGCCCUGGUCAUCCACGGCAACCUGCGGCUGGGAGCCCCAAAGAACCCCUGGCAGAGGUACCGGGUAAGGGCCCGCCCGGCCGCAAAAAUCUUUUCAACGGGACAGCAGCAGCUCCUUAAGUUACGGUCCCUGCUAAUUCAUGUUCCUUAUGCUACGCCGCUAACGUUCAUGUUGCUAAGCGCUGUCAUUCUCUAUUCUCCGUUAUUCUCUCUCAUUGCAAACAUUCUGAAUUCCUGUCCUCUUAAAAGCAUGGUUUACUCAGUUUUAAAGUGUUACCUCAUUGGUGGGGAGGUGUUCACCUUGCAACAGGAGCACGGGUACUCGGGAAUAAAAAGGUGUCGCGAACCCUCAAAACCUCUCAAGACGACGCCCGGUUUGCAGUUUUUUCCCAGUCUGUUGUUCAGUAGGAAGCAAGUUAGGUUAGGUUUUUUGCACUCAGGAUGGCGGUGGCGGGGGGUGGGUCAUCUGGCUUUGUCUAUGAAUUUCCACCAGGUGGCGCUUCCACAGGCUGAGCCCCUCAUUCACUUUGCCUUGAACUGCGGUGCAAAAGGAUGCCCCCCUAUAAAAACAUACACGCCUAAGGACAUCGACAGCCAGCUGCACAUCGCAGCGGAGGCCUUCCUGGAGGAGGAUGACGCCUGCAGGGUUGACGCUGACAAAGGAGAGGUGAAACUCAGCCAGGUCUUUAAGUGGUACCGAGGAGACUUCGGGGACACAGAUGAGAAGGUGCUGAACUGGAUUGUAAACCACAUGAGUGACUCCCCUAAAAAGUCCUGUCUGCAGGCCCUACUAAAGGCUGGCAAAUUCAGAGUCAGCUACAUGCCGUAUGACUGGUCCCCCAACAGCAAGGACUGAGGCUGCAUUGUUUGGACCUCGUUUACCACCCCUUCAUACACACAGAUGUGUGUGCAAAUUGUAGCUUUGUAAUUUAUAAAAUUUUUAACUGAUGUGUAAAAGCACGUAGCGCUAUGCAAACUCAGACCGUACGUGUGCACAACUAGUGGCUGAAAAGUUAUAUCGCAAGUAAGAUAGGUUUCAAUCAAAUAAGGCACCAGGUGUGUGCAUAGCGGUUAUUCAGAUGACAUUACUAUUAAUGUUCCGUUAAUUUCAAUAGGCAGCAGCACACCAACAAUUAAUCAACUAACACAAGGCUAAAUAAUCACACAAUUAUCAAUUUAAAUAAUAAAAUCUCACCAAUCAUUCAGUUAAGACUCAAAGAAUAUAAUUUGUCCUAUAAUAUAAUGCAUUAUUUUUUUCCUCUAUGUAAAGUGACCUUGAGUGCUACAUAAAGGCACUGAUAAAUAAAAUGGCUUUAUGAUAAUAACAACAAUAACAACCAUGCUGAGAUAACAUGGUAGGCUUUAUGCAAUGUCCAUAUAAAUUAAUAAGUCAAUGAUGUGUGAAAUGUUCAGUUCAUUGUAUGUAGCCAAGUCAUUUCCGUCAUCACCAUAAUUGUCAGUGAAUGCAAUUAAAUAAUCAUUCAAGUCUGACAUAAACACACAUAGUUCUGGAACGCUGGUGGUCCUGUAGCGGGACAGAUGCGCUGUGUGUUUUGGGCUGAGCAUUCGCUCUGCGGCAUAGCGGACGUCCCAAAGAUGACCCGUGAGUGGCCCAACAUGUACGGCAAAUUAGGGGCCUUAACUGGCCAUGGAACCGCACGUGUGUGCGUGUUUGUAGGAUGACUAUGUGCGGCGUAUGCAAAUUUAGAAAUAAAAAAAAAAAUGUUUUAUUUGCCACCCAACCCCAGGGCAGCAUAUAGAAAGUCCCAGCCAAAUCUGGAAUGUCCAACAGUCAUGCAACCACAGCUGCGUUCUAUGCGUGAACCACCCCGCCAAUUUGGGACACCUGAGACAUCUGCGCUUCGCCUCCAAAAACACCUGCAGUCUAACAGCUACUUCUUUUUGCGGGACAGAACACGGCUAAGCUUGCGUAGAGUGGAGUCCGAGGAAGACCUUUCAUGUGUGGCACAGCCUAACGAGCGCCCAUUCCGGGAAGUGGGUGUCGCUGGAGAGCAAUGAAACGCGGAUCCCCAUCCCACCGAACCCUCCCCCUUCCUGCGGCGAUGCCGUGCAGAGCUACUGGCCACAGUGAGCGCCGGCACGGUCCAGAUCUGAUCCGAGGCUGUGGGCGCAUGCAAAUCUCAGCAAUACCAAAUAUUUCACGCGGAUGACGGAUUGUGGAUCUGAGCACAUGCUCAACUUUCGAAUGAAAUUUAAGCCAGAUUUAAUAACGAGGCCCCUGGUCUUUACACCGGGAUCAGUGGAGUGCGUGUUCUAGAGCUGGGGUACCCCUGGGUACAGCUGCAGGGGGUUGCUACCCCCCUCCUAACAAGGAAUUCCUCUCCACACAACCUUGUGCUGGCCCUUAGCUUUGGCAUAACUCGUUUCAGUGGCUGGCUCUAUGAAUUGGCGAUUUUUGAUUGUCUAAUGACGCAGAUGUUCUCUUAUUUUUGCAAUUACAACAAAUUUGUGAAUGCAAAUUUCAUUUCAUAGCACAUUAACAGUUGUUGACGCUGUCAGUAAGUUAUAAGUUGGAAGUCCCUCAGAAUAAUAAAAUGUGCUUGGAAGGAAGAAUGGGAAUAAUAAUUCCCCAGAUAUUGCCUGUUUGUUGUUAUUCCCGGUUUGCGGGAAAUGUCCUAUACGAGUUUUAUCCAACUGAGGUACUUGUUCUUAGUGCAGCAAUGUACCCCGAGAUGUAUCUGGGUGAGGUCAGAGAAUUUAUGGACGCUUGUGAUGGAAUGGGGCUGUACUCAGGAAGGCCCAAAAAUGGACAUGAACAUAAAAAUAAAAAGUUCCAUGUGCAAAAAAAAAA